UUAAAACGUCAUUCCAGAUAAUGGCGACGAUUGUCGAUUUCUCUCCAUUUCCAUUUCAAACCGGUAUUCUCCACACUUAUCUUAUUUUAUUCAAAUUGGCUGUUUGCUUUAUUACGAGUCCACAUUUAAAAAUUAUUAAAUUUAAAGAAAUAAAAACAAUUGGAAAAAUCUAAAGUAUUUGUUUAUCGAGGUCAAAGUGCAGGUUUGUUUACUAAUAGCCAUGAUUCGUCAGAGAGAUUUUAUUGUCUACCAGUCAACUUUUCUUUGCUAUUUCGGUACUUGUCUGUGACGUUUCGAUAUAAACAAUGGAAACAAUUAUUUCGUAAUUGUCACGUGUUUUAUUCACCAACAUCUGUUUGAUGUGAUAGGAGCUAAUAGCAUUUGAGAAACUGACACAUCGAACCGCGUGUGUUUUCUAUUUUACUCGGCAAAAAUAUUGAAAUUAAGAAGUCAUACUGGAUCGAUUUGCACCUCUUCUCCUUCAAAUUCACCAUGUGCUAGAAUUUGUACUUAAGGUAUUCAGAAACAUGGGCACGAAUCGAUCGUGUUUGACUUCGAUGCCUCAUGAAGUUCGAGAAUUACAUAUUGCAGUUAUGAGAAAUGAUAUGCACAUGGUGCAACAACUGGUCAAUUCUGGAAUUGACAUGAAUUAUCCCUGGCAGAGUGCUGAACCUCCUAGCGUUAAAGAUGGAAGUACUCCCCUUUGUGAAGCAGUAUCGUUAAAUCAUCGUCGCAUUGUGGAGAUUCUGUUACAAGCUGGAGCAUCUGUCAAUAAACCAGAUAGUUUUGGAUGUACUCCUCUUCAUAAAGCUGCUUAUCAUGGAAGAGCAUUGUUGUCUGAAUUACUUAUUUCAGCAGGUGCUGAUAUUCAUAUGAGAGAUCAUAACUUCAAUACACCUCUGCAUAUUUGUGUUCAGAACUCUCCUGUUCAUAAUAGUACUGAAACUGUAAAGGUAUUAAUUCGUGCUAAUGCUAGAGUAAAUGAACCAAAUAGAUUUGGAAAAAUAGCCCUCCAUUAUGCAGCAUUUUGGGGUUUAGGAGAUAUAACAGAAGUUCUUAUUAAGGCAAAUUCUGAGAUUGACAAUGUUGACUUAAAAUGGAAGACACCACUCCAUUGUUGCAUUCGUGCUAUAAAUGUUCUACAUCGCAGAAGAGAAGUAUUUCAACAACAUUUACCUGCUAUUAAGGUUUUAAUUAUGAAUGGAUGCGAUUCGUUGAAUCUAGCUUCAUGGCUCAGAUUACAUCAGAUAAUUACAGCCAAUAAUCCGAUGGAUAUUGAUUUUUACAAUUGGUAUAUUGCCUCUCAGCCGGAAUGUCUUAAACAACUUUGUCGUGAAGCAAUACAGAAGCAUUUACAUUAUUACGAUGAUAAUGCUGCAAAAAUUCGUGCACUUCCUCUACCUAAAAUACUGACUGAUUAUUUAACUCGCAAAGUAUUAUGAUGCAUAAUUAUAAGGAGAAUAUCAGACCAUCUGUGUUUUUACAUAUAAAAAAAACUUCAAAUUAUAUUGUAUAUUUGAAUGAUUUUGUUUUAUAUAUAUAUAUGUAUCUAAAUGUAAUUAUUUAUUGUU